GCCUACACGGCUCAAAGCAAUGGACCCUGAAGGUACCACGCUGGACUUUCAUGAACCGCUGCGAGAAAGCGGAAGCUGUCAAGGAGAGUGAGAUUGAAGAAGAGUCCAAUGGAAUGUUUUUGUUGACCUUCUUUGCGAUGUUUGCCGACCAGUUGCCGGUGGAUACUGAGUUCAUUGAAGCAUUGGUGUGGGCAUCACUGCAGUUGGGCCUCAAUCCGCACUUGCGGAACCGUGCAGAACACCAAGCGAAGAACUCAGCUUGGGCAGAGGGUGAAAGUGCAAUCCUGCGCUCCUUUGUUAGCUACGUGAUGACGCGGGUAGACAAUGAAAACAAUGAUGACAAUGACGAAGAGAUAACACCCACAGAACCUGAAGAAUCGGAGGAGGAGGAGGAGGACCACCAGGAUGAAAACCAUGAGGCAAAGGAGAAGAAAGAAACAUAUGAAACGGAGGAAGCCAACAGCGAAGAACUGGGUCUUUUGGAAGAUGCCCCCGCAGAGGAACCGGAGGAAGAGGUGAAGGUGGUUGAUGAGCCCUUGGAUGAUGAUGAUGAUGUAAAAGGUCGGGAACCCACUGUUGAAGUUGUUGGGAAGGGUUGCACUAGUUCAGCUACUGGUCCGGUGAAUCCCGAUGCUGUUGACACCCUCUCAUGGUCAUGGGAUGACUACUGGUUUGAAGCUGGCUCCCAGCCAACAAAAGAAGAUAUGGUGGCUUGGAAAGAGGAAGGGUACAAAUUCACUCCCAAAGAGCUGGCUGCUUUCAACUUGAGCCCAGAUGGCAUGCCAUCGCAUGUCAAGCCAGGCAAGCGAUUGAGACAGGAUACAGGGAAAGGUCCCGAGAAUGCAGAAAAUACCCAUGAAAAGGUAGAACCGGGGUCAAGUCAUAUGGGUGAAGAGCAAAAAAAUGAUACGUACAGCGUUUUGGCCAGUGAUGAUGACGAUGCCGACAAGCAGGCGUUCAAGGCACAGAAAAAGAUGAGAAAGGCAGUCCGAGAAGAAGAACAGGAGGCAGAGGAUCCCGAUAAAUUCCUCAGAGAAGCUGAGGAAGCCUCAGAUGAUGAAAACGAAGAGCCAGAAGAGAAACCAACCAAGAAAAAGAAACGUGAUCAAGAAAAUUGCGAUGAACAUGCAAAGGAAGACAAGGCCCACAAAAAGAGAUCCAAAGACGGAAAGAACAAGGAACAUUCUGGAAAGGAUGAACCGAAUGAUGAUUCGAAGGAAGGACAACAGAAAGAGAAACGAAGCCCUGCAAUCAAUCUUGAUCUAGCGACAUCGAACGAGGAGAGUGAGGAGGUAGAGGUCAUGAGUAGCAAAGGAACACCUGAAAAGCAGCAAGGCAAACCAACAAGCAAGUCCAGCAAGGUUGAAAAACCGGCAGGCAAGCCCAAGAAGGAUAGCAGGAAGCUCGCUGACAGCCCAUUUGUGAAAAAGACCCGUGAGAACCGUCAGCGGGACAAAGCAGAGCAGGAAGUAGGCAAGCAUCUGCAAAAGAUGGCGAUGAAGGAUGAGACUGAGAAGCAAGAACAAAACCCCCCCAAAAAAAAGAAGGCAAAAACAGACCCAGCAGUCAGAAACCUGGACCGAGAGUUCAAGGAAGCGGAGGAUGGAGUUGAAGGGGGGGAUGUGGCCAGACGGGAGCUCAUGGACUUUCUGAAGUCGUACACCCUUUACGCACCAGACAACUUGCCCAACCCGGCGAAAGAUGGUGCAGAGCUGUCGGCCAUUUCCCCAGUGCUGGCCUACCGGAGCUUCUAUGUCUACCCGGUCCCCAAAGACAUCCCCCGAGUGGAAAAGGUGAACGCCUACCUCCAGCUGAGGUUCAAGGCCAGAAACCGUGGUCCUGUGCUCAGCUCUUGGCUGGAUGGGAAGCAGUGCCAGAGUCCUGACCGUUUGGGUGGCUGUUACAUUCGGUCGACUAUGUCAUCGAGCAUGCCACAACCCUUGAAGCGACAAAGCAAGUGGGGCACCCAGUUUCAUUAUGGAAAACAGUGUGGAUGGCUGACGGCAGUGCAUUUGAUACUGAAGCUCAAGCCUGGCGCGGUGGCUCACUGCGGCCCACCAUGUGGGAGCUUCGUGUGGUUGAAUUCUGCUACUUCACGUAGUCCUUACUUGGAAAAGUUGUACCGAAGGACGUCGAAGGCCUUGAGGGCAAAGGUGGCCGCACGAGCAAAGACGACCACAAAGUCAGGGGCAAAAGGUCUACGUGCUUCAGCCGUGUACCCACUGCGCUAUGGAAAGGCUGUGGCAUCCUACCACAAGAAAUAUGUGCUGGUCCCAGGGACAUUCAGGGAAUCGCAUGCGGCGCUUGACGAUGUCAAGGCAUUCUUGAAGGAUGACGCAGGGGUAAGGGUUGAUGAGGCAAUGGAUAAGGAUGAAGCUGCUGAAAAAGAACACACGAACAUGUCAAAGGCUGAGAAGAAGUUGGCCAAAGCAAAAGAGCAAUCCAGGUCGGACCCAACGGCCACCAAAAGCCUUGAAAAGGAAGUUCAGGAGGCCAAGGUGGCCAAAGUGGAGCGAGGUGCCAGUGCUGCUACAAUUCCAGGCACUGAUGGGCCAACUGAAGGUACUGGAGGGGGAAAUGCCAAAGCAGUCACUACUUCUGCUCAGCCAGGACUCCAUAGAGAUAUCAAAUCCAAGCGUAUCCUUGAGUCACAGCCAACCUUACACUAUGAAGGUGAGGAGGAGACCAACCCAGCCAAGAAGAAACAAGCCACGGCUUCCAAGGCCAAGCCAAAGCCUCCUCAAGAUGCAGGCCAAGAAAAGAAACAAAAGAAUGCUACCAGAACACCGGAUGCAAAGGCACUUCCUAAGCCGACCAGGGCAACCUCGCCCAAGAUCGAAGUAACCACCCCAGAUCCAACCACUGCCAGUGCCGUGCAGCAGAGCCUCAAUCGAGCUCCGACAUUUGUCGAGGCCCAGCAGCUUGCAUACCAGUCCUCUGAGUCAGACUCUGAGGAGAAUGGGGGUGGUGGGGAUCCGGACCCUAAUGUACCGACUGCAGAGCAGGUUGCAGCCAAGAAGAGGGCCCAUGCUCGCAAGACGUGCCCACCAGAGAUCCAGAAAGCCGCUAAGGCGGCGCAUCGUUCAGAUAAGAUUGCGAUCCUAUUUGAUCAGUGGUUGACGUGCGAGGGGCACUGGCGACAGUCAAGCCUGUUCCUGCAACUGAAGACUGAGAAGCGAUUUCGGAAGAGGGGGGCCCGGAAGUGGCUCACGGAAUCAGAACUUGCCAUGCGCUACGGAAGUACAGACAUGGCCAGAAAGAUCGUGCAGGCCAAACUGGACGAUCCAGACAUGCAAAGCCAUGUGCGUCCCCAUCCGGAUUGCCCACACGGGGCUGAUAUGAAACAGUUCCUGGUUUGGACUAACGACAGCGAAGAGGAUUUGGAAGAUGCCGUGACCACAAGCCUCUUUAGUGCCAUGGAUGAUGACCAGGAGGACACUCGUCGUGGGCGAAGCAGGACGAGGAGCAACCGUAGAAAGGACAAAGGUAAGAAGAAGAAAACGAAGUCAAAGAAAGAUUCCAAAGCACCCAAGAAGGGAAAGAAGACAAAGAAAAGAUCCACAUCUUCGGAGAGCUCCCAGUCCAGCAGCAGUAGCUCAUCUGAGUCGUCUGCGGCAAAGUCAAGUUCCCAGUCUUCUUCGUCGCCGAGUCGCAAGGACAAGAAGCGUAAGAGGAAAUCAGGGGAUGGAAAGCAGGACAAGAAGUCAAAAGGAAAAGAUGGCAAGCCAAAGACAGAAGACAAUGGCAAAAGAAAGGGACACAAGGAGGAAACCGAGGAGGAGAAACACAAGCGUGAAAAUAAGGAGAUUGAAAAGAAAUCCAAGGAGAUCAUUCGCAAGAAAUGCGCUGCUGCUAACAAGGCUGGUCCUGAGUUGGCUAUGUUCACCGUGGUGACGAAACUGGCAAACUGCCUUGCCAAAGCAUCCCUUGCGGAAGUGAAAGCUCAAAGCAUGUCGACGAACAUGAAGGACAUGUUGAUCGCUGAGAUCAAGCCUCACACGAAAAAGUUGCAGAAGGACCGAGAAGGUUCUGAUUACCGGGACGAGAAGAACAAUGAUGUGGUUCAACAAGCAGUUGAAGAUGUCAGCAUGGGAAUCAGCUCUGUCCACCGGGCAAUGAAGAGAAUUCGAGCGCAUGUGAAGGAGAGUGGUGUCCUUGCUGUGCACAGCGACAGCGUCAAGCUAGGAACCAAAAGUGGUCACAAUGAUGCUCGUGAUUUUUUUGGCUUCACAUCUGUCCCUGAGAUUGAAAAAAUCUGGGUUCCGGUGGCGGAUGAGAAGAACCCGAACGGCUACUGCCUACAGGAACAACCCAUUCUGUUUCCCCAUCGCAUUAUCUGGUGGGUGAAAUUCGAGGGGACUGGGAAUUCCACAAGCUCCUUUGGAAAUUCAAGUGCUCUUGGAAUUCUACACAAGUAUGCUUUCUGUGCGACGCUGUCUCAAAAGACCUUGGCGAACAUGCUGGCGGAGCAGCUGCUCUACUGGGGAGCAGGAACUUUACAACAGAAACUGGAUCGAGCUUAUCAAGGUUCACAAAAAAUCUGGAGACAUCUUGCUCACUGCGAAGGCCUGGAAUGGCAGAUUGAUCUGCGCGCUGAUGAGAAAUGCUAUGCGCUGACAGUAGCUCAUGACACUGUGAUUGAUGGCCCUUGGAAAAUGC